GCAUUCCUUACUCUAUAUUUAACAGCUGCAGACUGUGCUGGGGGCAACUGCAAGAGAGGGGAACCCGAGGUGCUUCCCAAAUCCACGGCUGGUGAGGGUGGGAGUGGGGGAAGCUUCCUGCAGGGAGCAGAGGGAAUUUCUCUCCCUGCCGGUGGCUGCGGAGCAGGUUGUGUUGGAGAGGCUGCAAUGCCAGCAUCCCAGGCACGCUCCAGGGCCAGGGACAGGAACAAUGUCCUCAACAGGGCUGAGUUCCUCUCCCUGAACCAGCCCUUGAAGGGGAACCAGGAGAGCAGGAGCGGCAGCAAGAAGCAGAGUGGGCAGGCUGGGGCAGCCGGUGCCCAGAACGGCAGUGCCAAGGAGCGGAGGCAGUCGCAGCAGCUGCCCGAGGAGGACUGCAUGCAGCUCAACCCCUCCUUCAAGGGAAUUGCCUUCAACUCCCUGCUGGCCAUCGACAUCUGCAUGUCCAAGAGGCUGGGAGUCUGUGCCAACAGAGCAUCCUCCUGGGGUGGUGCCCGCUCCAUGAUCAGCCUGCUGGGGAUAACGGGGCACGGGAUCCCCUGGAUUGCGGGCACCCUCAUCUGCCUGGUGAAGAGCAGCACGCUGGCAGGCCAAGAGGUCCUCAUGAACCUGCUGCUAGCUUCCCCCUGCCCCUGCCUGCAGCUCGGAGGGGACAGCGGCUGCUUCACUGGGGCAGAGCCAGCCCUGCCAGGGCGGCUGAGCCAGGCUGCGGCCCGCAGGGAGGUGCCAGAGGGCAGCCCUGCUGCUGGACAUCGUGAUCGUGGCUGGCCUGCAGAAGCUGGCCAAGCGGAAGGGCCCCUACGACGUCAGCCCCGGGCUGCUGGACUACCUGACCAUGGACACCUACGCCUUCCCGGCGGGGCACGCCAGCCGCGUGGCCAUGCUCGCCGAGUUCCUGCUCAACCACCUGGUGCUGGCCAUCCCUCUGCGCAUCCUGCUGGUGCUCUGGGCCCUCUGCGUCGGCUUCUCCCGCGUCAUGAUCGGGCGGCACCACGUCACCGACGUCCUCUCCGGCUUCGCCUUCGGCUACCUGCAGUUCAGGCUGGUGGAGGUGAUAUGGAUGUCCUCCAACACCUGCCAGAUGUUGAUAUCCAUCUGGUGAGCAGCAGGGACUCGGUGCUUUGCUGGUGCUUGAGGAGCUCUCCCUCGCAGCCGCGGGUGGGAGCAGUGGCAGCUCCCAGCCCUCGUGGUGUUUUCUGGCGUUGCUUCCUCACCCGGCGAGACGAGCAGAGAUGUGUCCCCUGCGGAGUGGGGCUUGGCAGUCGAGGGCCAUACCUCUCUUAUGGCCCUGUCCUCGGGCUGUGUUUGGACAGCAACCUGGCUCAGCUUCGUGGGUGAGAGAAACGAGCUGUGUGUCUGCCUAGGCUCGGGGGGUCCUCGCCUGCCCCUCAGCAUCUGCUCAGGGUGGGCAGAGCCUGAGAGCCUCCUGAGAACAUCGACUUUGGCCAACCCUUUUGAGGCCAAAUGCUUUUGGCCACAGUGCUUUUUCUUUUUUGUAAGCCCAGCAGUUAGUUGUGUCUUGGGUCAGGGCACUGCUGGCACUUGGGAGGGAAUAAAUCAUCGUAAAAGCCCUGC